GCUUCUACCAUGUCAGGCAAUCUGUUCACCGGGUCAAUGAUGGCUGCUUCCUUGGUGCGAUGGCUGAAGAAAUUGUAUAUUUUUUUCUUAAUAUGCCCUUUAUGUGUCCCAGCUUUUUUAAAUAUAGAGGAGCUGAAUGAAAUGAAGUAUGGCAUUCAGAUUCUUCCGGAUCCCGUUAUCUUGGGCCAGACUAAGACUGAGGAGGUCAUGAUGGUGUCCAGUAAGUAUAAGCAGCUCUAUGAGUGCCGCCUCCCAGUCCAGGCUGUGCGGUUUCAUCAAGAUCCAGCUUCUGAGCCGGACUCCCAGGGAUACACCGGGCCAGAUAUCCCGGAUCUGCUCAAGCCCAUGCACCAGGCUCCAUGUCUACUGAAGACAAAAGACUGGUGGACGUAUGAGUUUUGUUAUAGUAAACACAUUCGACAAUACCAUCUUGACGACUCAGAAAUUAAAGGGGAUGUUCUCAUUUUGGGCUAUUAUGACUCUGAGUUUGACUGGAACAACGAAACGGCAAAGGCCUCCAAACAGCACAAACUGAGGCGACACCACAGUCAGACCUAUGUCAACGGCUCCAAAUGUGACCUGAAUGGAAACCCAAGAGAGGCUGAAGUUCGGUUUGUAUGUGAGGAGGGCUCAGAUGACUACAUCGCUCGCGUAGAUGAGCCUCAGUCUUGUCGCUAUGUGUUGACCAUUCACACCAGUCGGACCUGUCAGCAUCCGUACCUGCGGCCGCCAUCCACAGCCAAACCACAAGGCAUCGUGUGCCAGCCGGCACUGAGUGCUCAACAGUACAUGGACUACGUCAAGGCUCAAGUCUCGGACACAAAGCGCAAAGUAGAGCAGAUCUCUGAGGAGCUGAAAAGUCUGGAUGAGAUGUUAGCCGGCAAUGGCGGCGCAGCGGAAACGCUGGACGUGAAAGAGGAGGUUUCACCUGAACUCACCCAUGACCCCAACCAGUCUGAAGAAAAAGGUUCUGCUGAUGGAUCUGAGGCCUCGGAGUUUGACGAAACAGAGUUUUGGGAAGGAGUUAAAAAAACAGAAACCGCCCGGCAACAGGAAUCAGAGGCAGAAGAUGGCGAUUAUGUCUCACCAGCGGACAAUGAAGUCAUUGAUGAAGACGGUGAAGUAGAAAAAUUCAACUUCAAAAUCAUCACAGACCCAGCUGAUCUGAUGAAGUUUGUCCAGCAUCUCAAGGAAAGCAAUAGGAAGAAAGCAGAAAACCAGGCUAAAAGUCUGGCAGAGAAACCGUCGACAAACGGUGCAACAGAGCAGCUCAGAGAAGAGGAGAAGGAUGAAGAUGAGCAGCUGCUGCAGGAGUUUGAGGAUGAGGUGGCUGACCUGUCUGUGCCAUCAGAGAAGAUCGACGAGAUCAAAGAAGAAAUGCAGAAAGAGUUUGACAACAUCAUAAACGAGGCACAGCAGGAGUUGGAGACGGAGGGUCUGAAAGGGGAGUUUGAUCGCACCCAGGCUACUCAGACACUGGAGACCACGCUGGAUAAACUGCUGGAUCACCUGGAGGAGAAAGACGCUCCGGAGCAGCAAGCCGUCCAAAGAGCCGGCGAAGCCACCGGAGGCGGCCCCCCCCACUCUCCCAAGCAGCCAGACCAAGCAGCUGACGACCACGUUAAGAUCAAAAUUACUAAAUAUAAGACAGGCAGCAGCCUUGAUGGGGAGUUCAAAGUUCAGGAGAUGGGCGAAGGAGACCCGCAGUGGCAGCACAUAAAGGACGUGGUUAAAGAACAGCUAGAGAAGGCAGGACUGAAAGCAGAAGGUAAAAUUGAGGUGAAGAUCCUGACGCGGAAGAAUGUAGAGGAGGCAGAUGAUCAGUGGUUGACAGAGGAAGAUACAAAGUCCUUCAGGGAGCUGCUCAUUAACCUUCUGACUGGAGGCACUGAGGAAGUUUACAAGGAACAAAAGAGGCAGCAGGAGUUGGAGAACAACUAUCGGUUUGUGUGGGGAGAGAAUCGGGAGGAAUCUCAGUCCUCCAGCACAUCAUCGGACUCUGACGAUAUGGACGUAUGAGCUCACGCCGUCACCGCCGCUCUUCUGCCGGUCCAGUCAUCAGGAGCCCGACGGGGAGAACGUGAAGGUGUCAUCACAAAUGGGGAGAAUCCUCCUGGUUGCUGCUGAAUCGAGCCAAUGAUGACACUUUGCACAUUCAGGAAGAGCGUGUGUGUCUUAAGACUGCAAUAACCUGAUGCCUUCAACAGGCGUCGUUCAUGUGUUGCACAGUGUCUGCUGUUCUAGUGCAGUUAAAUAAAGCUGUUAUUUUCCCUUUCAUGGGAUUCUGUUUUCAUAAAUGAGGAAAAUAGCAGGCUGAUGCAUCGUUAGACAUUUUCUUGCUUCCCGUUCAGAGGUCGCCAACAUGUUUGCCACAGCUGUCUGCAGUUUUGCCAUCGAUGAUCUUUACUGUACAAGUGAGGGACUCAGAAGAGGAGUUGGACUCAAUAGAGCAUGUGAGGUUGCACAGGAAGCUCCACUUAAAUCUAUUUUGCUAUUUAUAUGAUUUUUUUUUUUUCCUUUUACCUAAAACAGCAGUGGAGCAGAACAUUAUAAACUAGUUGAUUGACAUUCCAGCUCUUGACGAUUUUGGUUAAAAGUUUAAAUUCACUUCAGACAUGCUUUUAUUUGUGCACAAGAUGAAAAGAUUCAGGGAAAAUGAAAGUCUUUUUUUGUUCCAAUAAAAAAACGCUGGAAGGCCUAUUUAAGUCUGUUUUGAACAUGAACAUUUAAUUGAUUUAGCACAGAAAAACAAACCUGCAAUGCUCAUAAAACCCUUCAAACAUGAACGUAAAGGGCUGAUUUUGUACACGGCCACCUGGACUUCUGUAUUUACAUGAGUUUUAGCUCAGUAUGUUCCUGAAUCUUGUUUGUUUUUUAUGUUUGCACUGCUUACAUGAUAAUGAAGCUGUUUGAGUAAACGUGCUUACAAUUUC